CGGUCUCUGUCCACAGCGCUGUCCCGCUUCGGCCUCCUGCACUCGGUCCGCGUUCUGCCCAACGCCGCGGUGGCCCGGCCCGGUUUCUACGCUGUCGUCAAGUUUUACUCCGCCAGAGAUGCCCGCAGAGCCCAGAAGGCCUGCGACGGGAGGCCGCUGGUCCAGAGCGCCCCGGUGAAGGUGGGUUCCGAGCUGGGUCCUGGGUCCUGCGGAGCGCGGCGACGGCGGGCCCCGGGACGCGCCGGCCACAGGGUGCUUGCACAUGCGCAGCCGCGGCGCUCCAGUGCCAGGCUUCUUUAGCUGGAGAAUACCACGCUCCGGAUGGUUAAGGGAGCCCUGAAGGUUCGUGACAGUGUCUGGAAGCUUGGUGCCGUUCUGUAUUGCCCUGCAAAAGGUCUUCACCCAAAGGGUUAUUUUUACUUUUAUGUGGAUUUAAAAUGUGAGUUUGGCUGGGCA